AUGGAACACGCCCACGAAGAUGCUCCUCGCCGUUUCGAGGACACCCCUCACACAAAGGUCUACACUAAACGUUUUCUCACCUCAGUGUAUGAUGUCUAUGUCCUUUGGUUCAACAUGUCGGCCCUCUGGCGUUGUCCAACGCGCUCGGUCCUUCUCCCUUUCUUCAAGGAAAACUUUAGCCAACGACACCUCGACUGCGGCGUGGGGACGGGCUGGUUCCCCGCCACGGCCCUGAGAUGCCUAUCUGGCGACGACACGAAGCAAGAGCUCACCCUCGUGGAUCUCAGUCAAACCGCGCUCGAGUUCGUCAAGGACCGCAUCCUCUCUGGGGCUUCUAACACCACGGUCAAGUGCGUCGCCGCCGACGUCCUAGAGUCCCUGCCGGAAACGCUGCGCGCCGAGAAAUUCGACACCGUCACCAUGUUCAACCUGCUGCACUGCGUCCCGGGCCAGUCCAAGUUUGGCGUGUUCCGCGUGUUCAAGACGCUGCUCGCCGAAGGCGGCGUCUUGGCGGGCUGCUCCAUCCUCGGCCAUAAUACCCGCUUCCCCAACUUUCUGAGCCGCUGGUGCAUGGCGGGGCUCAACCACUGGGGGAUAUUCAACAACUGGGACGACACCGAAGACGACUUCCGCCGCGCCCUCGAGGCAGAAUUCGAGGACGUCGAGAUCCGCAUCGUCGGCAUGAUGAUCCUUUUCCGAGCGAAGACGCCUCGCGUAGACACGCGAAAGCCCUCGGAGAACGACAAAUAA